GAACUGGUUGUGCAAUGCUGGAUUGAAAACCUCUCAAAUUGUGCUGGCUCGUGGAGAGGGGUGAGACCUGGGCAAAGAACGGUCGCUGUACGCAAUGGAAACCAUGUGUGAGCGCCACGUUCGACUGAAGCAACAGAUGCAGCAGUUUUACUUCAUUGGGUCUUUUACCAUGACAAUGGUCAACUGACUGGUCCAUCCCUGGAGCAGAUCACAUUGCAAUGGCUCUUCUAGCUGAAGGCAAAUCUGAACGACAGCUCGGCAGCUUCACCUGCACCUUGGAGAAAGUGGAAAACUGCACCAGGAAGGGGAUUUACUACCAACAAGCCAAACUGCUUCAACCCAACGAGGAUGCAUAUAGCAUCGCCCAACUCAAUGACAGAACCUUUGUUAUCGUCAAUGUUGGAGGCAAUAAGUAUCAGAUUCCAUGGACUACACUGGAUCAGAUCCCACUGACACGCCUGGGCAAGCUGAAAGCAUGCAGCAAUUAUGAGGAAAUCAUGAAUAUCUGUGACGAUUACGAUGUAAACCACAAUGAAUUUUUCUUUGACCGCAAUCCUUGUGCCUUCAGAACUAUCAUGACGUUCCUGACAGCUGGGAAACUCAGACUCCUCAGAGAAAUGUGUGCCCUCUCCUUUCAGGAGGAGCUAGUUUACUGGGGCAUUGAGGACGAAAACCUGGAAUGGUGUUGUCGCCGUAAACUCUACCAGAAGGUGGAGGAUUUUAAAGAGAUCAAGAGGGAUUUUGAAGUGCUCCUUACUGAAGAACCACAGGGUGCCUUUGAUGAUACGACCCGGCUGGGUUAUUGCAUGAAGAAGCUCAGGGACAUGGUGGAAGAUCCCGAUUCAGGAAUCCCAGGAAAGAUCUUCGCCUGCCUCUCAGUUCUAUUUGUGACAAUCACUACAGUAAGUCUCUGCGUCAGCACCAUGCCUGAUCUAAGGCAGGAAGAGGAAAGGGGUGAAUGCUCCCAGAAGUGUUACAACAUGUUUGUACUGGAGACUGUCUGCGUGGCCUGGUUUUCAUUCGAGUUCCUACUGCGGUUCAUCCAAGCGCAGAGCAAGUGUACAUUUCUGAGAACACCUCUGAAUAUCAUCGACAUAAUGGCCAUUUUGCCUUAUUAUAUCAGCCUGAUUAUUGAUGCCUUUUCGGUUGAGGAGAAGCCAAGCGGCUCUGGAAACCUGGAUUUGGAGAAAAUAGGCCUGGUCCUCCGGGUUCUGCGUGCCUUGAGGAUUUUGUACGUGAUGAGGUUGGUGCGCCAUUCUCUGGGGUUACAGACACUGGGACUCACAAUUCAACGGUGCACUCGGGAAUUUGGGCUCCUCGUGCUCUUCCUCUGUGUGGCUAUGGCGCUUUACUCACCCCUGGUGUUCUUAGCCGAGAGGGAGCUGGGUGCCAAACAUGAAUUUGCCAGCAUCCCCAGCAGCUACUGGUGGGCAGUGAUCUCGAUGACCACCGUAGGUUACGGGGACAUGGUCCCCCGCAGCAUACCUGGUCAAGUAGUGGCUUUGAGCAGUAUCCUGAGUGGCAUCCUCCUCAUGGCGUUCCCAGUUACCUCGAUCUUUCACACCUUCUCCCGCUCCUACUUGGAGCUGAAAGAUCAGCAACAACGCAUUUCAAACAGCAAGGCCCUGCUCAAGGGGGACAUAAAGUCCCCGAACAGUGACAGCUCUCAGGAAACGGACAUCUCCUUCCCAAUGAACUUUGAUAAAACAAGAGAGUUACGUACACAGGGGCCGGCAGACUGAGAAGAGCGUUACAUCAAAGACCUUCAUCUCUGUCCAGACUGGAAAUGACCAGCAUCUUCACGCAAAGUUGUUGAAACCGGUGUUUAUCUUCUCGUCUCUGUAUUUGGGAGUGACUUGUUAACAUGGUUGGAGCUGAUGCCCAACUUUGAAAAACACAUGGAAAAGCCAGACGGCAAACCUUCUGUAGCCUAUCACACUGCAUACUGCAUAUAUAGUGAGAAAAACAUUUGGCAUCUUAGUUUUGUACAGUGUCAGGUGGAAAAUCAAAUUAUGCGCAAGUGCUUAGCAGUUAAAAUUUCUCGCAUCGACUGUGAUAGUGCUGGCACAGUGCAUGGUCUGAUUCUACUUUCCUUUCAUUUGAGUUAGUGCAUUCUUUAACUGAUUUAGUUAACCAUUACAUUUACCAUCCGACGUGGUAACAUUUUGUUUGAUGAAGAAAUGAAUUUGCAUUCACAAUAUUAAAAUUUUCUUACUUACUGCAUCAACCUCCGUCCUCUACCUGAAAUAGUUUACUAAAGACCCACCAUGUUGGGGAUUUGACAUAAAAAUAUUUACUGAGUUUCAACAUUUAUUUAAAUCUGCUAAUUCAUAGCCUGGAUAAUUCGUUCUCUUAAAAUUGUGCAAAAUUCCAUUUAAAUCAAGUUUUAUGCAGUGAGAAAAUAUUUUGCAAUGUUAAAUGAAAGACUGCAGUCAUGCUCCAGAUGAUGCAAUGAAUUAGCAUAUCCAAGGAAACUGACAAUGCGGUUGCCGGAUUUAGGAACAGGGCUGUCAGUGUGGUGAAUUCAUUGAUAAUUUGGAUAUUUUGAUGAUCAGUGACUGGAACAUAAGGAAUCAGGAAUAUUGACCUUUUGCCAUUUACACAGAAGACGAGACUCAUCCUUUGAGUGGUUGCAUUGUUUGACUGGGAUCAUUGCUGACUUCUACUGUGAUUCCAUUUAGUUACCUGUGUUUAAGGUUGCAACAUAAAAACAAAUCUAAAGAUGAGCACGGGAUGUUCACAGAUCUAACCGAAACAGCUUUCUGAUUUCACUCCUACAUAGCCGGGUCUAAUUCCAGAACCCCCCAUUAGUCAAAACAGAUUUUUCUAUCUUGAAUGGCAUUAUCAUUUCAAACAUCAUGAUUCCAUUGCCACCCAACAUGCAUAUCCCAAGGGAAUACAUGCAAAGAUUAUGUAAUGCUGUUGGAAGGGAAAUUAAACAGAACUCCAGAUUGCUGCCUGCCUGUACCUCUGUAGCUUUGCUUCUCCAGUUCUGUAUUUUACCAUUGAUAACUCUUCCUGCUGCUGAUGUGAAUACAUAGGUACAUUUAUUGUCAACCCCUACUUCCAAUCAUUCACCAGUCAUCCCCAUCUGUUGUGGUACUGGCCAGUUAUGGUCUGGCAGUGUCACUUUUAUAACCUCCUGUAAAUAUAAUGAUUUUAAAUGCAACUUGAGUAUAAAAUUUAUUUUCCUCGUACAUUAUUGACACAGAAAGU